GUUUGAACCAGCUCGAUAGCACCAGAAUAAGCACCGAUAUGCUCGGUGUUGUAGAUAAAAAGCAAAAUCAUGUCAAUGAUCCCAAAACUCGUAUGCAUAUACAACUUAUAUCACCGUUGCACUGGAUUUAUAUAUAACCCUCCAUCCAUGCCACAAUUACUCUUGGAUAUAAAACCAUAUAAUCCCCAUACAAGUACUACUAGUAAUACCAAGAAACAGACUAAUAAUAUUCCAACAUAUUUAUAUGUCAAGACUCAACUUUAUUCAAGCUAUAAUACUGAUAUAGUUCAACCCACCACCACCACAGAUAAUAUUAACACCAUAUAAAUCCAUUCAAGAUGGCUAUGACAAAGGAGAAUAACCAGAUCUUGCCAAAAGAUAUCAAGAAAAGAAUAUACAAAUCAAGAAAGCAAAGACCUUGUGAUAACUGUCGUAAGAGAAAAUCAUGCUGUAUCAUAGAAGAUGGCAUACCAUGUAAACUAUGUAAAAUGUUUAAUAAGAAAUGUACUUUU